CAUCAGGAGCUUCGCAGAAUCACAAGUAACACCAAAGAUCAACACAUUUAUAGUAGCCCCCUGCAACUGCAAGGAGAAAGUUUCCUGAUUCGCUUACCAUGGCUCGUCAUGGACCUCUUCUCGUUCUGCUGCUAGCCUUGACAGCCCUCAAUAACAGCUUCGCAGCUCGCCAUCUUUUGGACACAGAAGCUGCGCCAGAGGCCGCACCAGCUCAGCCAUCCACACCAGCAGUUCCAACCACACUGCCCCCAGUGCCUUCCAUACCAGCAGUUCCAACCACACUGCCUCCAGUUCCUUCCAUUCCGCUACCAGCGAUGCCAAAGAUGGCAAUCCCACCAAUUCCAUCCAUUCCCAUUCCAAAGGUCACCCUGCCACCAGCAGCCGCUGGUGCCAUCCCAUCUCUACCAAACAUCCCUGCAGUGCCAGUCACACUGCCACCAAUUCCCUCAAUCCCCACUACCAUGCCAUCGAUUCCAACCACGAUGCCAACAACAAUCCCUACCAUUCCAGGUCUCCAGGUGCCUCCCAUUCCAUUCACCGCCCCACCCCCACAAACCAGCAGCCCUUGAAGUUGGUAGCAGGAGACUUCUAUUUAUUUCUGUUAGUCAGGAAUUUGAUUUGUCAUAUGUGGUCACUAUCAGUAUGUCUGUCAUGUUUGUUCUGCUAUUUGGGUGAUACUGGCUAGCAUUUUGUGUGAUUGUGAAUGCAGCCAGUAGAUUGUACCAUUUUGUCUUCUGUUAAUAAAGUAUUACUCGUUUUGAUA